ACACAUAUUUAUAGCAUAAGUAGAACAGUCUCGUUGUACCAACAACUGUAAGCUUCUUUGGUGUGUGGUAUAUUUGUUAUUUUGAAAGUAAGAACAUAACUUCCGGUAUUAGCUCAGCCGCUUCUGAUUAACUUGAUGGAGCCGAAAGCGCAGCUGGUUGGAGCUGCGCUUCUCCUCCGAGGUCAUAUCCCGUUGGCAGGCCAUUUCUGAGGCACACCCACGAUCUAUUCACUAGUCUGCUCCUGUCUCUUUAUUCUACUGUUUUCAGUUUAUUUAUAUAGUGUCAAUACACAACAGAAGUCAUCUCAGGGCAAUAUACAGCUAUGCAUAGAAUUAUAUAAACAAGAGAGAGAAUUCCACCAGUUACACUGGGCAACAGUUGAGAGGAAAAACUCCCUAUAGUCAAGAGACAGGCUCAGGGUGCACAGUCUCUGCCUCAGGGUGAUGGGAUAGAGAAGUGGAAAAAGGACAAACAAGAACAACAGACGGCAAACAAAGUACAGAAGCAUGAGAAGCAUGACAUGUACAGUAGUAUAAUAGUAGAAAGAAAAGGGUAAAAAAAAUCCAUUGUAUAGACAUUCUGGCGCAUUCAUACAACUCAGAUGAGUAUGUCUGAAAUGCACUUCCUCCUUUUUUCACAAUUAGCUAGAUUACUCCUGUCCCAGAACAGGAGAAAUUCUGUCCCCAGCAGUCUAAAGUGACCCCAUCACACAAAUUAAUCGAAAGAGUCAAGUCAAUUAUUAGCAGUAAAAUAUGGCUAAAACUGUGAUCAACUCUAUAAUUUAUAACAAAAGCGUUUUUUAGAGCGUUCAUUUAUUCAGUAUUCAAACAUCUGCAUUGAUUAAUAUGGUAACUAUUAAUUAACUGAAAUAAAUGUAGUGGAGUCACAAAAAAAACAAACCCAAAUGUAAGUAGACGUACAAAAUAGCAUAACAAUUCUGAUUAGUAUGUAACUAGGCUUUUUAAGGAAAUGUAUUUUGGAUCAAAGUGUUCGCUUUAAUUCAUCAUAACACAUAUCUUAAUUUUAUUAAUGUAGCGUUUGUAAUCGGGAGAGAAUUGUUGGUACCGUGGUCAGUUCAAUUUGUGCCAAUAUUUGUUUCCGGUGACACUGUACAGAGUGACAGUGGAAAGUGAAGUGUUAUAGGCUAACAUCCUUUGAUUGCUGUAUUGAUUGGCUGCUGAAGUGAUUUAGGUCAGAGCUGAAACACAAUGACUGAAUAAAACAGUGUCUCUUUCAAAAUCUGGUCAGUCAAACACCAUCAAGCCCCUUCUGAACGCAGUGGCUCACUGGGUGACUAAACUGGACAGCUGAUGCAGGUGGACGGCUUGUCGACGUGGUGUAUGUGUGCAGUAUUACGUGGGAGUGUGGUGUGCCCCCCCUCCUCCUCCUCCUCCAGACGCAUGCAGGCUGCUAUCACCAGUGAUGUCUGGAGCAGGUUCUCAUGCAGACAGAGAGGAGGACUACAGGUUUCUCCACAGCAUGUUGAUGGAGAAGAAACUUCACCUGCUGUUUAAGAUCCACGAGCGACUGAGGCGCUUUGAGAGUCGCUGCCCCAGCGCCGUCCAGGAGCAUGCAGCUAGUCUGGCCUCAGAUUUGGCCAAAGACCUGAUGUACCAAAGCCAGAAAGAUGAAGUCAAAGAACUGGUUGCCCUCUUAAACCAAGCCCUCUUUAAGAGCCUCCUGUCUGUACACGACGCUGUGGCCCAGAAAGACUUCCAGCCAACGCUGCCACCGAUACCUGACGAUACCCUGGAGGAGGAAGAGGAUUCGGUCAAGCUUGUCAGUCUGGUCAAAACCAAAGAGCCCCUGGGGGCAACCAUUAAGAAGGACCAGUCCACGGGGGCCAUCAUUGUGGCCAGGAUCAUGCAAGGAGGGGCAGCUGAUAAAAGCGGCCUGAUCCACGAAGGAGAUGAGCUCAAGGAGGUGAAUGGAGUCUCACUGGAGCACAGAAAGCCAAAGGAAAUCCUUCCUCUUCUGGCUCGUUCCCAGAGUGAAAUCAAAUUCAAGAUCGUUCCUGCCUUCGACAGGAAGGACGUCUCAUCAAAUAAGGCCAAGCUGUUUGUGCGGGCUUUGUUCGACUAUGACCCCGGCGAGGACCCCGCCGUCCCGUGCAAGGCCGCGGCGGUGGCCUUCAAGAGAGGCGACGUCCUGCAGGUGGUCAGCGCCGAGGACGACGUCUGGUGGCAGGCCCGCCUGCUCAGGGAUGGCCGCGCCCGGGCAGGACUCAUCCCCUCGCAGCAGCUGCAGGAAAGGAGAGUGGCGCUGCAGCGACCGGAGGCCCUGUUUAGGCCUCGCCGAGAAAAGCCACCAGAUGAGGGACAAGCCUCCGAGGAUGUGGACUAUGGCGCUAUAACUGGGAUCCACAUCGGUGAGGCGCUCGGCGGCAUAAGAAGGAGUUUCCGACUUGGCAAAAAGAGCAGUCUGACCACAGAUGCGGCUGGAUCCAGGAGGUGGAGCGCAGGGAUGCACGGAUCAGUCUGUCCUCCGACCUACAUAGAAGUCAUGCCCUAUCACAGCCCACCUGAGGACAGAGGCCGGCUGGUCGUUUUAGUUGGGCCCAGCGGCGUUGGCGUUAACGAACUGAAGAGGAGGCUCCUGAUCUCCGACCCCGACCGCUACGGCGUCGCCGUGCCUCACACCACGCGUGAGCGGAGAGCGCGGGAGGCCGAAGGCGUACAUUAUCAUUUCGUGUCUGUUCACGCGUUUGAGGAGGCCGUUCUCAAGCACAAGUUUAUAGAAUAUGGCAGACACACAGGACAGUAUUAUGGAACCAGUCUAGACUCUGUUCAUCAAGUAUUGGCCAAGGGCAAGGUGUGUCUUCUGGAUGUGCAUCCUAGUAAAAUAAAAGUUGUGUACACGUCUGAGUUCAAACCCCACGUUGUGUUCGUGAAGCCGCCGUGCGUGGAGGAGCUACGUCUGACCAGACGCAGAGCUGAAGCCCCGGGUGACCCAAAGGACACGAACCCCCUCAGGAUCUUUUCAGACCAGGACUUGGAGGACAUGGGCGCACAGGCUGAAGCCAUCGACAGCCAGUACGGCCACCUGUUCGACAGGGUCAUCAUCAACAGCGACAUGGCCGCGGCGCUCAGGGAGCUGAGGGGCGACCUCGAGAGGACAGAGGGGGAGGAGGACGUCCGGUGGGUUCCCGCGGAGUGGAUUCGCUCCCUGGAGCGGAGGAGCUGUGGCCGUUUGAGCAGCUGGAUUUGAACUCCAGCCU